GGGGCCGGCGGCGCGAGCCAAUGGAGGCGGCGGCCCGUCCCGCGGUGCUGCCCGACCCCGGCCGCACUGCGCCGCCCGCCGCCCGCCCCUGGGCCGCACCGGCACCGGCACCCGGAGACCCGGUCGCGAGGCAUCAGAGUGCGGCGGUCGCGGGCGGCGGCGGCCCUCUCCACGUCCGGCGUCGUGGGGUCUCCAUCUGCUCGCCCGUGCAUGGACGGCGCGCGCUCCGACCCGCCGCAGGGACAGGGUCGCGCGGCUUGGAGCUCAUUCCUGAUGGGCAGCAAAAUUGUUUGUGGAUGAAGGAGCCAGAGCCACUCCCAACUCGGGCGGGGGGGCGCACUGGCAGCCACCAGCUACCACUUUCUUGCUGGUGAGGAAGCUGGGGUUUGGUGCCGCAAAGUGAAUAACCGCGUCUAUAGAACCCAGGGCCGCCUGCAAGAACCGGGUUGGUCUGGGUGGUGCAACCCAUGCCUUGAGGCCAGGAUUCUCCCAGAGGCCAGCAUGCCGUGGGACGCCAGGCCCGGACGCAGUGCCAACGGUGGGCCCGAGGGCGCAGGCUCAGCUCGCUUGCGGGUGCAGAAGCAGUGCCGGAAGUCGUCCUUCGCCUUCUACCAGGCAGUGCGCGAUCUGCUGCCCGUGUGGCUACUGGAGGACAUGCGUGCCAGCGAGGCCUUCCACUGGGACGAGCGCGGGCGCGCCGCCGCCUAUUCACCGUCGGAGGCUCUGCUGUACGCGCUCGUGCACGACCACCAAGCCUAUGCUCACUACCUGCUGGCCACCUUCCCCCGGCGCGCGCUCGCCCCGCCUAGCGCGGGCUUCCGCUGUUGCACCGCGCCUGGACCGCACGUGGCGUUGGCGGUGCGCUACAACCGCGUGGGCAUCCUGCGGCACAUCCUGCGAACCGUGCGGGACUUCCCACUCGAAGAGCGCAUGCGCCUUCUGGACCGACGCGGCUGCAGCCGUGUGGAGGGCGGUGGCACGUCGCUGCAUGUGGCCUGUGAGCUUGCACGCCCCGAGUGUCUCUUCCUGCUGCUUGGCCACGGAGCUUCUCCAGGCCUGCGAGACGGUGGUGGCUUUACACCAUUGGAGCUGCUGCUGCGCCAGCUGGGCCGGGACGCCAGCUCAGCCCCUACUGCUGCUGAGGCCUCCUCUGCCACCGUCAACGCUGCCACCACCAGCACCACUCCGCCUGGGGAGCUGUGUCAGCGCCGCCUGCUGCUGCUUGACCUCCUGGCACUGUACACCACGGGGGCUGCUGCGGGCCCAGCUCGACGUGAGCUGUUGGGAGACCGGCUUCGCUGGGAGAAGCUGCUGGGAGAGGACAAAUUCCAGUGGCUAGCAGGGCUGGCGCCGCCCUCCCUCUUUGUACGAGCCAUGCAGGUGCUGGUGACCACCAUCUCACCUGGCCGCUUCCCUGAGGCCUUGGAUGAGCUGCCUCUGCCACCGUUCUUGCAGCCAUUGGAUCUCACGGGCAAGAGCUAGACUCAGGGGCACCUUUGGCACUGUAUUUGGGGGCAGAAGUAUUUUUGAGAGCGUUGUACCUGGCACUUUACAUAUAUGGAUCUCUGACUGUA